AUGGAAGUCCACAUGGAACGGCUCAAAUCACUUGCCGAAGACUUCAAAUGCUCACUCAAAGAACAUCAUGAAGAAUCAUUCGAAAACACCACUAAUCAAGACAUGCGACGAGAAAUCCACGACAUGCAAGCUUUACGAGACGUCACGAACAACAUGAUCAACAUGAAUCGAUUGCGGAUGUUUAUUGAGGGAAUGGAGGAACUCGAGAGUGUCCUAAUAUUCAUCGACUACCCUGGUGCAAGAAGCAUCAUGUCAAAUGUUUGGGGCGCAGUCAAAUUCCUACUCAAGACAACAAACACUACUGAUAGGGCAUUUGACGGAGUGCUCGACGUGUACGGGCUUCUAGGAGCCCAGCUGAUGCCCUUGACACGUUACAGAGAGCUCUUUAAAAGAUACCCAAGUACCGUCGAAUGUUUGAUAUGUAUCCAGAUUCUCAUGGUAUUCUUUCUGAGUUGGAACAAUAUUGCUAUGGCUGGAAACAAGAAUGGAGAACCUUCGAAAACGAUGAAGACAUCCGAAAACACGAGCAAAGGCAAGAAGUCAUCACGUGGAUUUCAGCUUCGGUACAGCGCGGUGUCGGACUGGAUGGGAGAAGACGACCCUCCGGAUUCAGCUAUCUGGCUGCAUGAAAAGGUCGGAUACGGUGCGUAUUACCUUUCUGUUACAUGCGAAACGAUUGAUACUGAUGGCUCUCAAGGAAAGUCGGUCUUAGCGUCGCUUGUGGUCGAAGAACUACGAGAUCCAGAAACACAUUUUGAAAUGCCAAGCGGGAGCAAAGUCUGCUAUUUCUACUGCCAAGAAGAUGAUAACGAACACAGGAACCAUCUCGACAUCGUCAAAGGUAUACUCUUACAGAUGGUCGAGUCAGAUGAUUACAUCCUUCCACUCUGUCACCAAGAGAAGAAUACCAGCGGAGGGGCCAACCUUCUUGACGCAGGUGUUGCUCAAAAGCUCAUCAAGACAUUCAUCGAGUACAGUCCUAGGCAUUAUAUCGUCAUCGAUGGACUAGAUGAAUGUGACGGUGCCGAGAUCCAUCAAACCGCCCGAUUCUUUAAAGAUCUGGUGUCUGUUUAUGACACGCAAGUGCGACUGGGUCAUUUGAGAGUUAUGUUUAUCGGAAGGGAGACAUCAGAUACGAGAAAGUUUAUACCUGGCGAGGAUUGUCUUAGUGUCCCGCUAAAGUCGGACGAUAAUCAUGACGACAUUCGAGCAUUUGUGCAGAAGAGAGUACCUGAGUUCUCCAAUUCAGAGUACAGUCAAGGCUUCAGUCUGUCUGAUGCUAUCAAGGAGGACAUUGAGAGGAUUGUUUGCCACCAAAGUCAAGAUUCAUUCCUCUACGCCCACCUUGCCAUUGAGUUUCUUCUACAGCAAGACACCAGAAGAGACUUAUUGAACAUUUUGGAACAAGGGAUUCUUCCUACCGAACUCGGCGACAUGUCAGUAUCACCGUUACUUAGUCCCUUGAUAUCAAUAAACUUACAAUAUAAGUGUCAACGUGGAGGAGAGGCAAAAUGGCGGAGAUCAAAGUCUCUCUUUGGAUGGCUUGUUUGCGCAAAGCGACCACUCAAGUGGCACGAAAUUCAAGCCAUCUUGUGUUUUGAUGAACGAGAGCUCAAAGUCGAUUUUGAAGAUAAGAUGAUGAGAAAGGAUGUCGAGACGUACCUGGGAUCCAUUAUUCAUGUCCUUGACGGUGACAAUAUUCGUCUAAUCCACUCCAGUGCACGACACCACAUCAUCGAGAACAAAUACAUCCAAGAGAACAUAGUUCAAUGUCAGCUAGCAACUACUUGUCUGAGAUAUCUCACACUGUCUUGUUUCAGAAACGACUACAUCUCAACACAACGGAAUGAACAUGCGACAAGCGGCUGGUUCGCUUUCCAAGACUACGCCUGCUCUCAAUGGCUAUAUCACAUCGACACAGUCAUCAGGGAAUGCAGCGACCUCUUCCGAAAUCCCUGCCAAGUGACAAUAGACUUCGUAUCAGCUCUGGAGCACUUUAUCAACACCCACCGAUCAGAGAUCACCACGUCCGAACAUGCUGACUUGGGAGACGACGUCAUUUCCAAUUUUCGACACUUGGACUUUUAUGACGACCUCCGUCUUGUCUGGAACCACAUCUACACCCACCAACGCGGCGACUACGCAACACGAAACAAGAUUGGCAUUACUCAGAUUGAAACAGCGCUUAAGGAUAACAGAACUGAGCUGGAGAGAUUUCUGCCUGACCAGCGAGUAGGUGAAGAAGAUACUGUCAAGCAUUACUACGGUGCCAACCUUUUUAAAUGUCGUCGGACAUUAUGCCGCUUCUUUUAUAUCGGCUAUGACAAGAAAGCGGCUCGUGAUACCCACGAAAAACGCCACGAGAGGCCGUUUCAAUGUCCCUUAUCCUGCAGCUCAGCGCCACUCGGCUUCGUGAGCAACAAAGAUCGCGACAGACAUAUCAACAUCUAUCAUCCGAACCACAGCGAAGGCAGUUCCCACUUUGAAGUUUUGAGCCGACGGCAGGUUCCGGGGAAGUUUACUUGUAAUAUCUGCAGCAAGAGCUUUACGAGAAACAUCAAUCUCAAGAGCCAUGAGAGGAGUCAUUUUGGGGAUAGGCCUUUUGCUUGUUCAACUUGUGGGAGGGCGUUUGCUCGGGUUAAUGAUUGCCGGAGACAUGAGAAGAUUCACGCAAGGAAAGGUUACUGA